UGAUGAUGAUGAUGAUGAUGAUGAUGAUGAUGCUGCUGGUGUGUGUCUGAUGUGAUGAGUGUGUGAUUGUUGGGCUGAUUGAUGGAUGUUGCAGAUGAACGAUGCGCAGGAGCAGCGCUUAUAUCCCAGUGUCCACCGCUGCCGCUCUGCUGGUCUCUUCAUCCACACUCUUCUUCGUCUUCACGUGUCCUUGGCUCGCUGAAAACGUGUCUCUCAUUUUCCCACCAUGUGUCGGAAUCGUGUUCCUCUUUGUUAUGGCAAACUUCACCAUGGCAACGUUCAUGGACGCCGGCGUAUUCCCGAGGGCGGAUGACGACGAGGACAAGGACGCAGACUUGCACGCUCCGCUCUACAGGACGGUGGAGGUGAGAGGAGUGCAGGUGCGCAUGAAGUGGUGCUCCUCCUGUCACUUCUACAGGCCACCCCGCUGCUCUCACUGCAGUGUGUGUGAUCACUGUGUGGAGAACUUUGACCAUCACUGUCCCUGGGUGAACAACUGCAUCGGGCGGCGCAACUACCGCUUCUUCUUCCUCUUCCUCCUGUCUCUGAGUCUGCACAUGGUUGGUGUUUUUUCCGGAGGUCUCCUGUAUGUCCUGGAUCACCUGGAGGAUUUGUGGGAGCUGCACGCCGCUGUCACGCUGGCGGUCAUGAGUGUGUCCGGGUUGUUCUUCAUCCCGGUCUUGGGUCUGGCCUGCUUUCAUCUGGUGCUGGUGGCACGAGGACGCACCACAAACGAACAGGUUACAGGGAAGUUUCACGGCGGAGUGAACCCGUUCACCCGCGGCUGCGGCCUCAACCUGCAGUCUGUGCUGUUCAGUCCCAUCAUGCCGAGGUACACUGGGAGACUCGGUGACGGACUGCCGGUUCGGGUUCAUCCUCCGUUCCUCCAGCGCGAGUCUCAGACCCUGACGCCGGUGAAGAGCUCCGGCAACUGCGACCCCAGCCCAGCGCUGCCCGCGAAGUCUCUGGAAGAAGUAGAUGAUCCAGACAGUAAAAGUUUGACCAGUCCCCCUCCACUGCCCCCUAAACCAGACCCAGUCCUGCUCAAGAACCAUCUGGCAGCUUUGGAAGAGAGUUUGCUCCAGUCCAGAGCCGCGAUGCCUUCAGGACACAAAAUAAUUCCCCUUCAGACUGCAGAGUCGCCCACCAAAGUGCUCUACCAGGUUCCCCGAGAUCAGAUCGGGACGAGGAUUUCCCCGCUGGUCCCGCAGGAGCACGCGUCCGAUCCCAGUCUCCUUCAGUCGGAGAAUCCCGGAAACUCUCUGACUCUGAAUUCCCGCUCGCUGAGUCUGAAACACUCCCACCGUCGCGUAGCCGAAACUCCAGGUCCACAUCCGAGCGCUAGCGUCCUCAUUAGCCGAUCCGGGAGUCUGUCCUACGACAGUCUUCUGCGUCCCGUCGAGCGCCUCGGAUCCCAGACGCCAUUCCUUCCCAUGGAUUCGAGUCUCUCCCGAGGUCCCGGAUGCAACUGCAGCCCGGUGUUCAUGAAUAUUAGCCGGCAUUCGCCUCAACACCGCGAGCCGUCGCCCGUUUGCUACGACAGCCUCGCUAAACCGCUAAUGAGCUCCAUUCAGGAGCGCCGGGAACCUGACGAGAAGGACAAACCUCUCGCUCCGAACUCCGGGAUCUACGACGUUCCCAGCAGACGAAGUCUUCCGCAUGAUUUCCGAGGCCCGUCGUCUCGCGGACCGACUCCUCCGGCGUACGGCUCGCGCGAGUUCCUCCUUAGCAGCGCGGCGUACGGAUACGGGAGCCGGCCGCAUCUGUCUUCCUCCUCCUCGUCUUCGCUCACCCGCACGCCUCGGACCGCCAGCUCCCCGCUGCACUUUAACCGAUCCCUCUCUCCCUCCUUCUAUCACUCUCUGGACCGACCUUCCCAACAGUUCCCAUCGACUCUUCCCAGCUCCUCCUACAGCCAUCAGAAAGCACUGGCCUUCAUCACAGGAGAAGAAAGACCCGAACCUGAACUAUGAGUCCGGCACGGAAAUCAUCAAAAUAUCAGGGAAUUUUAAUAGGGAUUAUGCAGACCUGGAAAAUGUCACUUCCCUGCUCAAAAGGUGUUGGGAGAAGCUGAUA